UGCAGGACCUGAGCUUUCUUCCGAAUUUUUGAUAGCGCGCCUCAGCACCUCCCCCGCGCUUGCUUCUCCCUGUACAACGACAAUGACAAGGACGAUUGCUGCGACACCGCGCUUCAGCCUCGUGCUCCCGAGCGAGGGGCUAGCGGAGAAGUUGACGAGCGUCAUCAAUGUAGCCUACGCCAGGACGGAAGACGACUUUUGGAAGACAAACGCGGUGCGGACGAGCGUGCCAGAGGUCACGCAGCUCGUUGCCGCCCAGCGCUUCUACAAGCUCACGGCGCCCGACGACGGCGAUGCGCUCGUGGGCUGCAUUACGCUGACCAGAGUCAGCCCGGGAAAGGUCGAGUUUGGCAUGCUGGCCAUCGCCCAAGCGGCCCUCGGGCGCGGGUAUGGGAAUCUCAUCAUGCGAGAAGCCGAGCGCGAGGCACGCGACAAGUGGCAGGCCAGCGAGGCACAGCUCUCCCUCCUCAUUCCCGUCGACCGGGCGCGGAAGCACACGUUCAAGGCGACGCUCAAGAGCUGGUACGAGCGCAUGGGUUAUGUCAAUCGCAAGACACUGACGCUGGAGGAGACUGUCCCCCACCUGUGUGCCAUCGUUGCGAUGGAGAUGGAGAUGCUCAUCUUUGACAAGGCGCUAGUCCCUCCUCAGCAGGGCUCAGACUAGAAGAAGUAGAUAGAUAUAGUUGUAGUUGUAGUUGUAGUAGUAGACAAGUUGGACCGUUUCUUCAUCCCCUCGCUACGUGGCUCGGCAUGUUGGUGGCCAUGACGGUGAUGUUGAGCACAUUGGCCUCGAGCGGCAUCUCGGCCACGUGCACCACCUGCCGCGCAGCGUGCUCGACGUCCAUCCGUGGCUCUGCCCUGACGCUGCCGUCGGCCUGCAUCGCACCGGCGCCCAUGCCCUCGGUCAUGGCCGAGACUGCGUU